CGAUAUACCCGACAACGACAACGACGCCGACCGGCGACCAUCAUCCGUCCAAGCGUCUGCAGUUGUUGCAGUCGGCUCACGGCGCUCACCGUCGAGCACGCGACCGUAUAUAGUUCCAGGGGAUUCCCGGCGUUUCCCUCUGUAUAUUAUUCCGUUUGCUUCCUUCGGUACUUCGGCAAUCCUCAUAACCGGCCGUUUUCCACGUUGCGACUCGCGCCAAGGAUAAUACCUGUAAUCGUUGUUCGCGAGAUAGUGAGUCACACAGGUGCCACAAAGCAGACCGGACAAGAGCGAUCCGAAUUCCAUUUCUCCUUCUGUACUUUUUUUUUUCUCUUUCGUGAACGCACACAAUCACAUUGUGGCACGAUCGGAAUUGGGAAGACCUGGAACGAACCGAUCGACCGGUCCCCACACGUUUCAUCCGUGCGUUCACGUCUAUGUCUACUCGACAAGUGUUUCGACCAUAGUGAGGAUACUCUCCCGAAAAGAAGGGAGAUCCUCCGUCAAGUGACAACAAAGAAUCCAGGAUUGAAGAGGGAAUAGAGAGAAGAUUGCCAGCGGGAAAGAUCGUUGGAUCGUGAAUAUCUGGUCAUUCAGAGUUGAGAAGGAGGGAAAAAAAUUAUAUUACGAGGAUUUUUGAGAUCCUUCUGUUGAGAAGAAAGUUGGAGGAACAACUUGUCGAGAGAAAGAUAUAAAAGUGUAGGAGCGCACAAGUCGAAGACGUCGGAAGAGCGAACGUUUACACGCUUGUAAAACGGUGACACGGAGGGGAUUUUACAUGCGUCAUCGUCGUGCGGGUACAAAUCGCACGCGACCAUACGCUUCGACGACAGUACACGUGUAUAACGACGCGCUCGAUUGCUCCUGCGAAACACGGGGCUACGAUCAUCCUUCGAGGAUUCACGGUGAUAAAUGCGGUGCCGGAGAUGACGUCCUCCGCGUUCUCCAAAAUGACGAUCCAGUUGGUCUUGCUGUGCUUGAUCGUCACGUGCAAUGGUAUACCGGUGCCAGAAGAAUCUGAUGACGUUGCAACGAUCAAUGCUACCACGAUCAGCCCGAUUUCUAUGGAUCCCGAAAUUCAAGGUCAUUCGAUGGACGAUAUCUUGCCAGGAACAAAGACGCCACAGAGCCCAGUAAUAUUCGUGGACGUUCCGGAGCACACGGAAACGGAACUCGGCUCGUCCGUACUUCUGGCGUGCCGAACCGCUAAUCCUGUGGCCGAGUGUCAAUGGUCCUGGCAACCUUUACCGCCGGUCCACCUGCCACUUCCGGAUAUCAGCGAAACUCCAGCGACCACCACCACAGUCUCGGUGAUUCAGACGACAACCACGCCGACUACCAAUCCACUGCCGGUACGACAAUUUCCUGCCUUCGGGAACAAUAGCAACGACUGUUCCGUAAGAUUCUCGAGUACGAAGCACGAACAGACCGGAUACUGGAGCUGUGCCGCGAGAACUUCCACGAAUGAUCCUUUCACCAGCACGGAACCUGCUAAGCUGAGCAUCGUUAAUGAGCAACAGAAUCCCCUGGUCGUAUUUGCGAAGCUCGAUAACGUGGUCGAGGUACCAGCAGGAUCUUCGGCGCAAAUAAUGUGCCAAAUGAAAUCAUCCGUUCGCGAAUGCCAAUGGUCCUGGAGGCAGUUGAACCAAUCACAACCGUGGAAUCUCGAGGUGAAGCGAUUUCCAGCUUUCGGUAACGACAGCACCGACUGCAGUAUCAAAUUCAAAAACGUGCUGCCGGAGCAAGAAGGAUACUGGACCUGUGGCGCCAGAAUCGAUCCGAAUUCAUCGUUCACGCAGUCGAAUCCCACUCGAUUUCUCAUUUCAGAAGUUGAAUUCGUACAAUUAUCUAGAGGAAUUCAAGUAGCGUCUGGUGAAUCGGUGCUCCUCAGAUGUCUGGUUAACAAACAAGUGGUACAAUGCGAGUGGUCCUGGAGGGCAUCUAACUCGAGUCAAGAACCUCUGUUAGUCAAGAAGUUCAAUCCGAACAAAGAUGCUGAUCAUGACUGUUCCGUGAGGUUCAAGAAUGUCCUGUAUGAGGAGGAAGGGCUGUGGACGUGCGGUGUUCGACUGUCACCAGAUGGAAUUCUUCACGAAGCGCCACCCGCGACUGUUAGCCUCUUACCUACAGCCAAAGUCAGCUUCGUUGAAAUGCCGGCAGACACUUCCGUGCCAAUUGGUACGGAGGCCACGUUGAAAUGCGUAACGAGCAGCCGCGUGGAAAAGUGUACGUGGACCUGGAAACCACUUCACGGAAACGAACCAGAAAUUAUUGUUCAGGAAUACUCAAGCAACGGCGACCUUGGUAGAGAUUGCUCGCUGAAGUUGCCGCGAGUAUAUGCCGAAAAACAGGGUCAGUGGGCUUGUCAAGUGUCGAUCAGCUCUCUCAAUACCAUGCUGACCUCGCCAUUCGUGAAGCUCACCGUGUUCGAACAAGACGAAGUGAAAUUCUCAGAGCUUUCCCAAGACAUCCAAAUAUCAGCCGGAGGAAGCGUUUUCCUUCACUGUGUGACCUCGUCAGCCGUCGAACAAUGUCGAUGGUCCCUGACGCCGGUGAAUUCAAACACCACGGUAGUAGUGAAACAAUUUCCGGCUGCCGGAAGCGAGGCCAGGGACUGCAGCGUCAGGUUAUCGCACGCACUCGCGGAACAGGAAGGACUAUGGACUUGUGGCGUCAAGUUGCGCGGCAGACAGAACUAUACGGAUGCGCCUCCGGCCAAGUUGAGUCUCCUGGAACCAGAGCCAGUAACUGUGGCAUUGUGGGCUGUGCCCCAUCAAAUGGUCACUCUUUCGUGCAAAGUAGAAACUGCGUUAUCGAAAGUGCAAUGCCACUGGAUUCAUGCGCCGAAAAUCCACAUUUAUCAGAAUAUGAGUAGAACGAAAAGGCACAACAUACAAAUGGAUUAUCAUACAGGCAUAUGUACUUUGGAAUUCAAACCUGAUCAUUCAGAUUUGGGAAAUUGGGUGUGCAAAUUUACUGUUCCAAACACUGAUGAAGAAAUUGGAAGUGCAACACUUGUUCUGUUGAAUAGUCUUGCCGAUGAAAAAUUAGGAUGGAUCGUAGGUGCUCUAACGACCUUGAUUUUAUUUCUAAUGAUUAUUAUAGUUGUUAUAGUCGUUUGUAAAACACGUUUAUUUGUAAGAAAGUCAUCACGAGUUUUAGAAACUAUUCCUGCAUCAGAGAAGAAACAAAAUUUGCAAGCGAAUAAUGAACAGUAUACUGAAAAUUCAUCGAAAGCAGAUAUACAAGUUUCUGAGCCAAAUCAGAAUGCAACAAAUGUCGAUAGUGUACUUCCUAAUAGAAGUCCACAAUUUUACGAGCGUGUUGGAAAAUACAGAAGAUCAUCAAAAGUAUAUGAAAAUCUUCGAAUAUGAAAGAAACUUGAUCUUUUUAAAGUGUAUUAUGCAAUUAAAAUUAACUUGUAAAACAAAUGUACUAAUAAAUAAAAAACAAAAAGAAACAUAACAAAUUAAAAAAUAUAUAAUAUA